UUCGUAGAGAAGAUUUGGAAUUAAAAAAUACAUUUGCGGAGGAAUGGCCAGGAUUUCAUCAAAUGCUUUCUAUAGCACCUAAACCAGCUUGUUUAAUUGCUCAUAAUGGAAUUUGUUUUGAUUUUAGACUUCUUAUGCAUGAACUAAUUCAAUCAAAUUUAUUAGAAAAAUGGCCAAUUCCUGAAGGGGUUUAUUUUCUCGAUACAUUAUCCUCCUUGCCAGACAUUGAAAAUUCUUUUGACAAUGAAGUUGAAAUUACAACAAGAAAUGUUAAUUGGAAAUAUAUUAUUUCACAAAAUGAAGAGGAAGAAGAAGAAAAUGAGGAAGAAAUUGAUAAUAAUGAAAGAACAUCAGUUAAUUUUGAAAAUUUAAUUAGAGCACCGCCAACAGAAGAACAACUUCAAAAAACUCCAGAUUUUAACAAAAAACAAAAUGAAAAGAAAGAAAUAGGGAGGAAAGGGUAAAAAAUAAUUAAAAAAUUAAAUGGGAUUGGAAGGGAUUAAGGAGGGGUUUGGAGGAUUAAAGGUACUAGCCCUUGGAGGAGAUCGAGUAUAUUUACUAGGGUAGCACCCAAAGACUUUGGGGGCUUGUUGGCGCCUUCGGAGUUCGGGUCAGGGUUUUUGUCUAAAAAUUCGUCGAGGGACG